AUUGAUUCACUCCCCCUAGCGGAAGUGCCCGCAGCUCAAAAAGCUACAUCAUUCGUUUGAUCAGAGUGAAUUUGUGAAAGUUGUCUCCACCGGGAAGGAGCUGCUUGGGAGUACACUGUCGACAGCUUUUCUCGCAUUUCUUCUGGAGAGAUGAGGCGGAAAGAAAAACGACUACUUCAGUUCGCAGGGUUGCUUAUAGCGGCUCUUCUUUUCCUGCCGAACGUUGGUCUGUGGUCAUUGUAUCGAGACCGAGUCUUUGAGAACUCGCCAGAAAUAGUGGAGGGACCGGGUGGCAUCCCUCAAAUACAGGGAUUGAACAUCAGGCCCCGGAAUAAUGCCCAGCUGGGGCGGGACGGCGUGCGGAGGAAAGACUGGCACGACUACGAGGCAAUCAGGAGAGACGCUGCUCGCUCUGGUAACGGCGAGCAAGGGAAGCCCUUUCCGCUGACCGACGCUGACCGGGUGGACCAGGCCUACAGGGAGAAUGGGUUCAACAUCUACGUCAGCGAUAGGAUCUCCCUCAAUCGCUCUGUCGCAGACAUCCGGCACCCAAACUGUAAACAGAAGCUGUAUGCAGAGAAGUUGCCCAACACCAGCAUCAUCAUACCGUUCCACAACGAGGGCUGGUCGUCCCUGCUCAGGACUGUACACAGCGUGCUCAACCGCUCCCCCCCUGAGCUCAUUGCUGAGGUCAUACUGGUGGACGACUUCAGCGACAAAGAGCACCUUAAGGCGUCUCUGGAGGAGUACAUGGUGCGGAUGCCCAAGGUGAGGAUCUUGCGCACCAAGAAGAGGGAGGGGCUCAUCAGGACACGUCUGCUAGGGGCGGCCGCCGCCAAGGGAGAGGUCAUCACUUUCCUCGACUCGCACUGUGAAGCCAACGUCAACUGGCUGCCCCCGCUGCUGGACCGUAUCGCCACAAACAGGAAGUCCAUCGUCUGUCCGAUGAUCGACGUGAUCGACCAUGACAACUUUGGCUAUGAGACACAGGCGGGUGACGCCAUGCGAGGAGCGUUUGACUGGGAGAUGUACUACAAACGCAUCCCCAUCCCCUCUGAGCUGGCAAAAGAGGACUCUAGCGAACCCUUCGAGUCUCCUGUGAUGGCUGGUGGACUCUUCGCCGUGGACAGGAAGUGGUUCUGGGAGUUGGGAGGAUAUGACACAGGACUGGAGAUCUGGGGAGGAGAGCAGUACGAGAUCUCUUUCAAGGUGUGGAUGUGUGGCGGGCGAAUGGAGGACAUCCCAUGCUCCAGGGUGGGUCACAUCUACAGGAAGUAUGUUCCCUACAAGGUCCCCGGCGGGGUCAGCCUGGCCAGGAACCUAAAGCGAGUGGCGGAGGUGUGGAUGGAUGAGUAUGCAGAGUAUAUCUACCAGCGGAGGCCAGAGUACAGGCACCUGUCAGCAGGAGACAUGACUGUGCAGAAGGACCUGAGGAGUAGCCUCAACUGUAAGAGCUUCAAGUGGUUCAUGACAGAGGUGGCCUGGGACCUGCCCAAGCACUACCCACCUGUGGAGCCCCCUGCUGCCGCCUGGGGAGAGCUGCGCAACUUAGGCAGUGACAUGUGCAUGGAGAACAAACACUUUUCGUCUGGGUCUCCCAUCCGCCUGGAGACAUGUCUUAAGGGGCGGGGCGAGGCCGGGUGGAGCCAUGGACAGGUGUUCACGUUUGGCUGGAGGGAGGACAUCCGCGUGGGGGACCCCAUGCACACUAAGAAGGUGUGUUUUGAUGCCAUCUCCCACAACAGCCCCGUCACCCUGUACGACUGCCACGGCAUGAAGGGCAACCAGCUGUGGCGCUACAGGAAGGAUAAAAGUUUAUAUCACCACAUCAGUAACAGCUGUAUCGACAGCAACCCCACAGAGAGAAAGGUGUUUAUGAACACGUGUGACCCCAGCGUCCCCAGCCAGCAGUGGGUGUUUGAGAAGACCAACACCACGGUGCUGGAGACGUUCAACCGCAGUAACAACUGAGACCAGUAGGGGUCAGCACUGAGACUGAACCUGAAUACCACUCACCCAGGGACUGUGUUGUUUUACUAAGACAGAAGUGUGCUGUUGUUUCUCUAAAGGGGUCUGGGGGGAAAAGAAGUGAAAGGGGGGGUUUAGCAUUGGCAAGCCAGUCUAGACACAUCAGUUAUUGGGAGAUGGAGAAAGGAUGGCGCCUGAGAGGCUCUCUCUGUGGUGACGGGGACUUCCUGCGUCAGGGGGAUUAGGUCUGUCACGGCAUGGCCAUUCUGGCGGUGGCCCAUCUCACUUCCUUAUUCACGCUCCGCUCUACUUCUCCGUGCAUCUCCCAGGUGUCUCUGCCCAUACGUCCAUCUCCAUCACCCUUCUUGAGUGAGCCUCUUACUCAGUCACUCUCUUUCCAUUCUCUUCAUUUGGAGCCCCUGCUCUGACAGCCCCCCCUGAGACUCCCACUGAACCAAACCCAGACUGACACUUGGGUAAAGCCAGCCAGAACCAACCACUCUGCAAAGCACCUUGCAAAGCACCGUGUUGAUUCUUGGUUUUGUUUUCUUGCUAUGCUCACUUGGCUAGCAGUUUCUCAUUAUUGGUUUCCUCUCUAUUGCUUUGAUCAAAAGUGGAGUUGGGCAAACUCUGUCCAAAUGUAGAGGGGAAAGAAAAACCCUGCAUAUUUUAGAAGUUAAUUUUUAUAUCUGAAUGAAUAAUACUAUAGUAGCAGCACUUUGUCUCAGCACUCUAUCUAUUCAAAGGGCUGUGAUUUGAUGCCAAUGAUGGAUCUCUUCCAUGUGAUUUGUCCAGAGAGGGAACUGUAAGGGCUCUAACUACUGUCGGCAGUUUCUUUCUGUCCCAUCCGCUGAACAGAGGCUCCAUCUGCCUUCUGGGAUGAACCCAGGCAGUCUCUGGAACGACCUCAUUACGAAAACACUGAACCGUGUGGCAGAAAAACGCACUGAGGUCAGCAGCACCGAGACCGUAGACAGGCCAUGGUGGCUUCCCAAACUCAUCAGGAGUGUCUCUAGACUGGUUUGCCCAGGGGGAGGGGUUGGUGAUGGGUAUUAUAGGUGUUUUAAAUGCAUUAAGCACUUGCAAUGAUAAACUUGAAUGAAAAUCUUAGUGCCUUGCUGGAUGAGAGCAGAAGUAUACGGUCUGACUUGGCCUGGCCUGGUGCCCUAUUCAAGUCCUCCAACUCCUACACUGUCUCAGACUGACUGAGAUGGUGGAGAGAGAGGCCAUCUGAGGUGACACUGGCUCUUAACCAUGGAUGGGUUUCUACAACACUAAUGUAUUUGUAAUGAUAGUGAAUAGCUGAAGAGACUAUCAAACAACUAUGUGUUCUCCUGCCUUUAAAAGUGAACAGCUUCCCUGCAAAGACCCUCUUUAUGUUUAUGAUAUGUCACCAUCAUGCCAUGUUGUUAUCAUCAAAACCCAAUAGGACAUGCAAGCAUUCAUUAAUAUUGAUUUCCUGUUCUUGUUGUUUUUGUUUAGGUUUUGUCGCGUUAUUACUUUCUCAGCGUUUCAUGUUUUCUUUAUAUGUUUUUCGUCUUAGUUUAGCCAAUGAAUAUAUUUCCUAUAUCUAAUGCAAUGAUUUGACUUGGAUGUUGUUCAGAAAGACUGCUUACAUUGCCUGCUGUGUAGUUUAGUUUUUGUUUCCCUCUUCUCCUCUGAAAUAAUACCAAAGCAGGGUGCAUGUAAUAUGCAUGAUGCAAAGAUCACACCUUUCCUUAAUCUAACCAUCUUCCUAGCCUUUUCUGAAAUCGAUAUCAAUCAAAUUGGCAUAAAUACUAUUUUGUUAAUUAUUUUAUCUGAUGGAAUUUGAGUACACUAGUAUGUGUUGUAGAUUUUAACUGUUGGCCAGCAGAGUUUAAACUAAAAUAACAGUGUUCCUUCCAUGUGUUGUGGAGAAAAGUUGGAGAAGUUCCAUAAGGGAAGAUCCACGUGGCACAUUGGUAUGAGAUGCUGCACGAUCAGGCUUUGGGCAACUUUACUUAUGAAGCAUCUUUAUUGCAAAGUAAUGUAAUAAUGUUGUAUGUGUUCCUUCUUAUUAAACUGAAAUGUAGGACUGGCUGGGGAAUCCAAAAUUGCUCACUUUCUUUGAUUUCACUUUCUAGAAAUGUUCAUAGUUUUACCCAGGCAAGUAAGCAGCAUGUAUGGAAGACCAAAGAUUUACAAAAUGGACAAAUCUAAGUAAACUUGUUCAAUGUCCUUUAAAAAACUGUUUUCUUGUUUAUGUUUUUGGUUAUUUAUCCUUUUAGUUUUGCGUGUUAUUUUUGCAAUCCAAAAUAUUGAAUUUCUGGCUAUUCCAGCUAAAUAGAUUUCACAAUUAUGAUAACAGAAGAAUUAGAUCUGUACUAGAAUUAUAAAUUAAGUUGAUGAAUUGUCCCUUCUUUUACACUAAUAUUAUUAGUGUAAGUAGCAAAAUAACUUGACAUGGUUUAAAUUACCAUAAUAGAACUAAGGUUGGAAUUCAAUCAAACCAGCACUGAGGUUAUAAAAAAAAUUAGACCAUGUCCAUUGAGGGAAACUUUAAAAAACCCAUUUUGAUUUAUGCUUUUUCUCUUGUGAUGCAUUGAUCUAUGUUCUCUUAAAAUGCUCCACCAGUCAGUCCUGCACUGCCAAUGCCAGAAUGAUGGGUUGAAACAUGUUUACUUUAAAGAAUUGACGUUUAUAUAGUAAUGCUAUGUUUGUGUCUGAGGGAAUAAACAGGGUUGUUGUACCUUUGGACGAAUAAUAAUCUUGCAAAUGUGGUAAGACUCCCCCAAAUCCAUGGCAGUUAAUUGAAUACUUAGCAGACUGUUCAGUUUGUGGAACAAGGAUAUUUGCAGUACAUUGACCCUGUCCAUUGCACAUGUAAAUGGCAUUUUAUUUUGAUUAUGUCAUGAUUUAUAACUUGGGUUGGAAGUGGUUUAAAAAAAUGUAAUUGUGGUUUUAAACUACAUUUUAUACAGUGCAAUUUUUUCAUGAUCUUGUGUUAAAAUUAAAUAUUCAGCUAAAAUGUGAAGACAAUACUUCUUUUUUUAAAUAAAAGUUUGUAAGGUGUUAGACCAUUGUUGGUCAUUCACACAAUGCUAUGUACGUGUGUGCAAUUUCUAUUUGUAGGGAAGUAUACAUUUUGUAUCAUGAAUAUCCAAUAUUUUUUUUCUACUGACAUAAUGACUGUAAAAAUGUAUUUAGGUGUUUUAACACACUGUGUACAAAUAAAUUGGAAUUGUAUAAUA